AUGGUGGAGCGCCUGAGCCCACGUUGGCACGGCUGCGCCAGCAGCGCCAUCAUUCACACUUCUGCGUUGGGGGGAGCACACCGUCGCCCUUCCCCUCUCUGCAAGGAGCCUCAUAAGGAAGCCUUCCCCCACACCGAGCAGCUGCACUCAGCUCAGGCCAGGGAGCAGUUCUUCAUGCUCCACUCCUGGCUCCCUGGACUUUCUCUGCCAUUCUACCAGCCUUCCCCUGCUUUCCACCAAUGGAAUGCGGUCUCCUGGAGGGCAGAGACUGUCUUUGUGCUGGUGUCAUUGUCCCCAGCUGGGCAUGCAGGAGGGAGAAUGCGCACGAUUAAAUGCGUCGUGGUGGGCGAUGGCGCAGUGGGGAAGACGUGUCUGCUCAUCUCCUACACCACCAACAAAUUCCCUUCGGAGUACGUGCCCACGGUCUUCGACAACUAUGCGGUCACGGUGCUGAUCGGUUCGGAGCCGCACACCCUGGGGCUGUUUGACACGGCGGGGCAGGAGGACUACGACCGCCUGCGACCCCUCAGCUACCCCCAGACCGACGUGUUUCUCGUCUGCUUUUCCGUGGUGAGGCCGAGCUCCUUUGAGAACGUGAAACGCAAGUGGGUGCCGGAGAUCACUCACCACUGUCCAAAGGCUCCUUUCCUGCUGGUCGGGACCCAGACUGAUCUGCGAGGCGAGCCUUUCACGCUGGCCAAACUGGCCAGGAAAAAACAGAAGCCCAUCACCCCAGAGAUGGCGGAAAAGAUGACCCGACACCUGAAAGCGGCCGGAUACGUGGAGUGCUCAGCGCUCACCCAGAAGGGCCUGAGGAACGUGUUUGAUGAGGCCAUCCUGGCCGCCCUGGAGCCUCCGAAACCCAGGAAGAAGCACAUGUGCUUGGUGCUCUGA